UCGAGCAUGUUUAACUACGUUUAUGUCUAUUUCUUUAAACCGAUGAUGCAACUUCCUUUUAAAGUCUCUUGUGAAAGUUCUAACUCAGCAGCUGCCGUAACAUAAAUGUUGGCGCUGGGAUCACAGUGUGUGUGUGUGUGUGUGUCACAGUCCGGCUUCACCCAGUCCCACCUCACCGCGCUCCCCCUCAUGGCCGAUGUUCUCUGCCCCCUCCAGCCCCUCCAGCGAAUCCUCCCCCGUCAGUCCUCCGCCACGACAGGCACGUGCACGAUACGCCUGCAAGGCUGAACAUGACUCUGAGCUGUCCUUUAUCGCAGGCACCAUAUUCGAGAAUGUUCAUCCCUCAAGAGAGCCAGGCUGGCUGGAGGGCACUUUGGAUGGGAAGAAGGGGUUAAUUCCGGAGAACUACGUGGAGUUUGUGUAGCUGGAAGUCAAUGAAAGCGGUGACACAGAGCCCGCUUUUGAAACAACUGAACUUCGACAGAAAAGCCGAGUUAGUAUGCCUGUGCGAUAGUACGUUUUUUUUUUUUGGGCCAUCCCCUACCUCGUCAUUGUUCCACGCAUCCCACAAUGCAUUGCCGCUGUUUAAGACAAAGUUCAACACAAGGUAAAAGGGAAAAAAAAUAAAUAAACCCCGGGACCAAGUUGCUGCUGCUGCGAUCUCGGCCACAAUCAAGAAAUUGUGUAUUUAGGGGCUCAUUAUGAAUUUAUUUGUAUUACUAUUACAGCUUUUUUUU